AAAUAAUAAAGUUCUAAAAAAGAUGAGCAACUAAAAAAAAAAACAACCUUUAAAUUAGACGGGAACAGGACAGAGAGAAUUAUCAACUUGAAGCAGAAAGAUGAAGGGGAAAGGAAACCAUAAAAAUCGAAUUCCAAAGUAAAAUUAAGUCACCUAGCAAAUAAAAUGUGUAAGUAAAGGAUGUAGAGUAUGAGUCCAUGGAAACAGUGAAAUGUUUGUUAUGCUUUUUUGCAGAUCCAGUAAUCAGGGAAGAUUACUGAGCCCUAAAGUGCACCAGCACUAAACAGCGCAUCCAGACCGCCCGCUGCACGGAGACCAGCAAGUCAAGAAAGAGCAACAUAUCAGUCGAGCACCAGCAGUCUGCCAAGUCAAGAUUCAGACGAAGGAGUGGGCUCCCAAAAGACCACGAAUAUCAUGGAAAGACCACUAUACUCAGCGAAUGCAAAAUAUGCGACAAGUCUUUUAAGAAAAAGCAUUUCAGCGAAUCCAACGGGCCUGAUAAAUCCUUUGAGAAGUCCAGAAAAAACAACCUUUUCAAUGACACCGACAGACCCCUCAGGUGUAGACACAUCAACUUAUCCGACAUUUGCAACAAGUCCAGAGAUUGCUGGUCGAGACUAUUCAGUUAGAAAUUCAAAAGUUAGUGGCGUCGACGUAAGUGGUCCUGGAGAUAAAACAAACAAUGCUCGCUACGAAAAUUAUCUUAAAGACAGAUUUGACAAGGAAAGCAAUGAUACUACCCCAAACGACGACAGUCUAAAUUACAGGCAUAAAUAUGGUCAAGGCAAGAUUGCAAAAGACAGCGAGGAGACGUUUAACGACUAUUUCGUUAAUAAUUAUCCUGACAAAAGUCCAGUUAGCCUUUCUAACCUCGUGAGCCUUAAUAGCAAUACCGACAUCCCACAUUCAACGAAAGCAACACACUCAAGAACGAACGACCCAAUCGCUGUUGCCCCCAGUCCCAUCUCCACCCUCACCACAACUGCCUCCGUCACCAUCGCUACUCCCACCACUAUCGCCGCAACUGCCCCCAGCAUCGUCACCACCACCACCCCUUCCACCACCACCACCCACUUUAUCGAGCGUGGGAAGUGUUUGGCGUCGUGCAAAGGAGUGCCUGACGGUGACUACCAGUCCUGCUUCUCUUGCCAUUUUUAUAUUACGUGCUCUAACGGCUUUCUGUGGGACAACCGGCCAUGCCCCUCUAACCUGGUGUGGGACGAUCUCCUGCAGAUGUGCGUGCACGUCUCCACUACGUGUCACGUACAAGUCAUCAGACGAUGAGAGUUUGUGUGCGUGCUUCGCCACAAAACCGGAUGACUUGUUAACGGCACAGAAACAGUUAACAUUCAUUCAUUUUUCUUGGCCUUGACUGACUGACCUCUGGUGGCCAGCCCCUAUAAUCGAUCGGACUGACUGGACUGACUUAAUUAGAUAGGCUUUUAACUCCUUCAAGGCAGUAUAAAGUUGCACGGCUUGAUCAGUCGAUCAUUUCUUUAUGUUUGCCAGCCAGUUUUUUUUUUUCUGACCACCUCUGCGUCAGUCUCCCUAAAUGGUACCCCGACAGAUGGUCUUCGAGUUAAUUCAUUAUCACGCAUAAAUAAACAAUUAACAGGAAAUAAAUAUCGAGGUCGAUUCAUUAAUUAACCCGUG